ACCGACGAUCUGUCUUUACGAUUUCAUUUCCAUAUCCAGUAGUAUCAUUGAUUCAUUACUGUUCAAGAAAGUGCGAUCUCUGUGAGAAAGAGAAAUGAGAGAUAGCCGUCGUCUAUUCUGAUCGACCGGAGACAUGGCCGCCGCCAACGUCCGUUCAUCCAACUCCAGAUUCGCUGCUGCCAAAACAUUUCAAAGAAAACCAACUCCAUACUCGAUUGCCAUUUACAUAAUCUUCCUAUUUACCUUUUCAUUCUUCAUCUUCAUCUUCUACAGCAAACAUCUUCUAGAACAAGAUGAAAUGAUUAAAAACCCCCUUUCAGAAUACUCUCCGUCCCUUCAGCUUGUAGAUGAACACCUGUGGGGAGCUCCGACUCAAUAUGGCUUACACCCAUGUGUGAAGCCUACAACAAAAUAUAAAGCUAGUGAAGGAUGGGACCGUUACAUCACUGUCAAGAGUAAUGGUGGGCUGAAUCAGAUGCGCACUGGUAUAGCUGACAUGGUUGCUGUGGCAUACAUUUUGAAUGCAACAUUGGUUAUUCCUCAGUUAGACAAGCGCUCAUUUUGGCAGGAUUCCAGCUCAUUUUCUGAUGUGUUUGAUGAAGAACAUUUCAUAACAACACUGAAUGGAGAUAUUAAGAUAGUGAAAGAGCUUCCCAAAGAACUAGAAUCAGUUCCUCGAGCAAGGAAACAUUUUUCUUCAUGGGCUGGAAUGAGCUACUAUGAGGAGAUGAAACAAAUGUGGAAGGAGUACCAGGUAAUCCAUGUGGCCAAGUCUGAUUCUAGACUUGCAAAUAAUGAUCUGCCUAUUGAUAUCCAGAGGUUGAGAUGCCGAGCCCUUUAUUACGCUCUUCAAUUCUCUCCUCCUAUAACAAGCUUCGGGGAGAAGCUGGUGGAGCGGCUGAGAUCACGCGCAGAACGGUAUAUAGCUCUCCAUUUGAGAUAUGAGAAAGACAUGCUAUCCUUCACGGGCUGUACCUAUGGUCUAACUGAUGUGGAAUCUGAAGAGUUGAAGAUAAUGAGGGAAAAAACAAGCCAUUGGAAGAUGAAGAAUAUAAACUCUACAGAGCAGAGAUUAGGAGGCUUUUGUCCACUCACUCCUAUGGAAGUUGGAAUAUUUCUUCAAGCUCUUGGUUAUUCCAAUACAACACUGAUUUACAUUGCUGCUGGAGAAAUUUAUGGUGGAAACACUCGCUUAUCGGAGCUCAAAUCUUACUUUCCCAACAUAGUUACCAAGGAAUCAUUAACAACUGAAGUAGAACUGAAAACAUUUGGAAAUCACGCAUCACAAACUGCAGCACUUGAUUAUAUAAUUUCUGUAGAGAGCGAUGUAUUCGUUCCAUCACAUUCUGGUAACAUGGCAAGAACAGUGGAGGGACAUCGCAGAUUUCUAAAUCACAGGAAGACAAUCACUCCUGAUAGGAAGGGUCUUGUUGAAGUAUUUGACAAGCUCGAGAGUGGACAACUGAAAGAAGGACAAUCACUGUCAAACCUGGUUAUACAACUACACAAGAAGAGGCAAGGAGCUCCAAGGAAGAGAGGGGGUCCACCUCCAGGGAUAAAAGGCAGGGCGCGAUUCAGGACAGAAGAGUCGUUUUAUGAAAAUCCAUAUCCCGAAUGUAUAUGUGGUUCUAAACUAGCUCUUUGAAAGCCAGCUUUUAAUCCAAAUUCUAUGGAUAGAUGUGAUUCUGCAAAUUUUGGAAAAUCUGAUUUGUUCAUUGAUAUAAUACAAUUGUAAGUGGCUUGUAGUUUGUUCUUUAAUAAAUUAUUAUUUUGUUUUUUCAA